GCUCCUUAGAUCAGUCCUUUCUGCUGGUGAACGCUGCGGAGUAAGCAUCGUUGGACUUUCCCCUGUUGCAGUCAUCAUGUCUAAGUCUGAGUCCCCCAAGGAGCCGGAGCAGCUGCGGAAGCUCUUUAUUGGAGGUCUGAGCUUUGAAACAACCGAUGAGAGUCUGAGGAGCCAUUUUGAGCAAUGGGGAACGCUCACGGACUGUGUGGUGAUGAGAGAUCCACGCACCAAGCGCUCCAGAGGCUUUGGGUUCGUCACCUAUGCCACUGUGGAGGAGGUGGACGCAGCCAUGAACGCGAGGCCACACAAGGUGGACAGAAGAGUGGUGGAACCAAAGAGGGCUGUCUCCAGAGAAGAUUCUCAAAGACCUGGUGCCCACUUAACUGUGAAGAAGGUUUUUGUCGGCGGUAUUAAAGGAGACACUGAAGAACAUCACCUAAGAGAUUAUUUUGAACAGUAUGGGAAAAUAGAAGUGAUUGAAAUCAUGACUGACCGAGGCAGUGGCAAAAAGAGAGGCUUUGCUUUUGUAACCUUUGACGACCAUGACUCUGUAGACAAGAUUGUCAUUCAGAAAUACCAUACUGUGAAUGGCCACAACUGUGAAGUAAGGAAAGCUCUACCAAAGCAAGAGAUGGCUAGUGCUUUGUCCAGCCAAAGAGGUCGAAGUGGUUCUGGAAACUUCGGAGGUGGUCGUGGAGGUGGUUUUGGUGGAAACGACAACUUCGGUCGUGGAGGAAACUUCAGUGGUCGAGGUGGCUUUGGUGGCAGCCGUGGUGGCGGUGGAUAUGGUGGCAGUGGGGAUGGCUAUAAUGGAUUUGGUAGUGAUGGAAGCAAUUUUGGAGGUGGUGGGAGCUACAAUGAUUUUGGCAAUUACAACAAUCAAUCUUCAGGUUUUGGGCCUAUGAGAGGAGGAAACUUUGGAGGCAGAAGCUCUGGGCCUUAUGGUGGUGGAGGUCAAUACAUUGCCAAACCACAAAACCAAGGUGGCUAUGGCGGUUCCAGCAGCAGCAGUAGCUAUGGCAGUGGCAGAAGGUUUUAAUUACUGCCUGGAAACAAAGCUUAGCAGGAGAGGAGAGCCAGAGAAGUGAUAAGGAAGCUACAGGUUACAACAGAUUUGUGAAUUCAGCCAAGCACAGUGGUGGCAGGGCCUAGCUGCUACAAGGAAGACAUGUGUUAGACAAUACUCAUGUGAAUGGGCUAAAAAACUCGAGGACUAUAUUUGUGACUAAUUGUAUAACAGGUUAUUUUAGUUUCUCUUCUGUGGAAAGUGUAAAGCAUUCCAACCAAGGGUUUUAUUGUAGAUUUAUUUUUUUUUUGCACCCAUGCUGUUGAUUGCUAAAUGUAAUAGUCUGAUCAUGACGCUGAAUAAAUGUGUCUUUUAAAAAAUGUGCUGUGUAAAGUUAGUUUGCUCUGAAGCCAUCUUGGGAAAUUACCCCAACAGUGUGAAGCUAGAAUUCCUUCAGGGUGAUGCCAGGUUCCAUUUGAAAUUUAUUUACAAACUGCUUGGGCACAGAAGACAUUGUCUUCUGAAUCUUUGGUGUAGUUGAAUUGACAGUUACUGUGUUGUGAUCUGGAGUUCACCAUUAAAAGGGUCACCAAAGCAGAGUCAUGGAGUUUAUUUGGUUAUUAAUGAUUGUUGGCACAUCCUAUGCAAUAUAUCUAAAUUGAAUUAU